GACCCAUAGAGAUAUAUACUGAGACAUACAGAGACCCACAGAGAUGUACACUGAGUCAUACAGAGAUGCACACUGAGACAUACAGCUCUGGAGAGACAUACUGAGACUCACAGAGAUAUACACUGAGACAUACAGCUCUGGAGAGACAUACUGAGACCCACGGAGAUAUACACUGAGACAUACAGCUCUGGAUAGACAUACAGAGAUACACUGAGACAUACAGCUCUGGAUAGACAUACAGAGAUACACUGAGACAUACAGCUCUGGAGAGAGAUACAUAGAUACACACUGAGACAUACAGCUCUGGAGAGAGAUACAGAGAUACACACUGAGACAUACAGCUCUGAAGAGACAUACAGAGAUAUACACUGAGACAUACAGCUCUGGGAACACAUACUGGUGCAUACAAUGAGAUAUACAGUCUCAUUUCUACUGAGACACUGAGCCUUGAAGAGAUAUGUACUGAGAACCCCAGAUACAUACAUUGAGACACAUAGCACUGAAGAGACCUAUGCUGAGAAAUGCAAUUAGAUAGACAGCCUCCUUCCUACUAAAACCCAGAGAGACACAAGAGACGCUCAGCCUUGGAGAGAUAUUUACUGAGACCCAUAGAUAUAUACAGUGCAAUGAGACACAUAGCACCGAAGAGACAUUCUUAGGCAUACAAUGAGAUAGGCAGCCUCAAACAGAUUUUUUAUGAGACCCCCAGUAGUAUACACUAAGGCAUACACCCCAGGAGAGACUUGUCCUGAGAUACACAGCCAGUGUGUACACGCUGAAGUGACACAUAACAAAACCUUUAGGCAGUGAGAGACAUAUAAAGUGGGAGAGAGACAUACAGGGUGGGGUGCCGCACACAGAGUGGGAAAGAAAUACAGAGACACAGGUGGGAUUGAGCAAAAGCUUGAACGUGAUGCACAAGUGUCUUUUUUUAACCUUAAAUACUGUGUAAUAGACUGCUUAGGAAAGAGAGUGACACAGAAUGGGCACAACAGACAGCGUGGGAGUGACAGAGACAGUUUAUGAGGCAUACAUUGGAUAAUACGAACUAUCCAUCCAUCCUGAGAGUGAUAAAUUAACCAGUUGCUGCAUUGCCUUCAGGCUGGGUGAGAGCUAUCCAGACACCCACUGUGGCACUGGGAGAGAUAUUGUAGGACCUAGAGCUGGCAUGACAGAGACAGGCAGAGAGACAGAGUAGCAGUUAGACAGUAGAGGGGAGGCCAACGGCACAGCUAGAUACGAGACAGAGGCAGCAAGAGACAUACACAAAGCAGUGCUGGGGUGGUGCCAGCGGGGAGACACAAAGCAGGUAACGGGGGAAGGCUGAGAGCACUGAUACACCAAAUAGACAGCAAGCCUGAGAGAUUCCAGACAUUUCUAGAGACACAGCCAGAGUGGAGGUUGCUGAUUCCAUGAUGAACGACACGGAAUCCUCUGACUUGCAGUCUUCAUAUGACUCUAUUGUCUCGGCGGGCAGUGGCUCGUCCAGCAAUCGGGAGGACCCCGACUAUGUGGAUUUUGAUGUGUUCUUUUCAGAUGAUCUAGAGGAAGCAAGGAAAGACGAGGAGGAUUAUGGGAAAGUGACGAUGAUUCCAAACUCCCGACUGAGCAGCGCGGACCACCCUGUCUUGAUACGGCUGGAGAAUGAGUACCAGGCCAGGCGGUCUCUGUGGCAGCAGCGGUUAGGGCAGUACCCUGAGGAGAUAGUAGGGAGGAUCUCAUGCCCCAGUCACAACAACCUCCGUCACACGCCUGUGGGCAGUGCAAGCAAACUGGCACAACAGAAACUCUUUGUCUGCUCAGAGGAGGCCAAUAUAGAGGCCCCACACGGACUCAAAAGGCAAUGGAAAAGGGAGGCGGAAAUGUCAUCCGAAUGGUGGCAGGAAAGGCAGGAAAAGAAUGUGCCAAUGACAGAAGGGGACAGGAUAUUCGCACAGAAGUGUCGGGAACUUCAGGGUUUUAUUAAACCUCUGACCAACCUUCUAAACGGGCUAAAAAGAGGACGUUAUGAUAAAGGCCUGAGCUCCUUCCAGCAGAGCGUUGCUAUGGAUCGGAUACAGAGGAUUGUGGGAGUUCUGCAGAAGCCAGAAAUGGGGGAGCGGUACUUGGCCACGUUGCUACAGGUGGAAAUGAUGCUCAAGAUUUGGUUUCCCGGCGUCACCAGCUCUUCCUCUUCAUCAUCGUCCUCUUCAGACUGCGACAUGGAGGAGCCGCUGUAUAAGAUGGCCAAGAAUCCUGAUGCCAGUUGUGGAGCGGCAAACAGCUGUCACUCGAGACUGCACCCUUCUCCAAGCAAUCUGUAUGUAGCAAAGCCAAUGGGGAACCCAGCGGCCUCUCAGUUGGACUCCAGUUGGGAGUUGCCCACCAUGAACCUGACGUGGAUGCACACUGCUCCUAUCUGCAACACGUCCCUCGGCCAGGCCGACCUUCACCAUCUGAACAGCGCCCUGGGACAGAAUGUUUUUGGACCCAACGCCAACAACUGUGGCAUUAUCUUAUUUCUUCACAGUGACUUGGCCUCUUCCUCCCCCUUGCCCCGUUCUAGCUCGGCGGUGCUGGAGGAGAAGCUGGCACCGGUAAUAAGUCAACAUCUAGGGGGAGAGGAGACCAGAGUAAAGAGACCUCUACGCUGCAGAAGUGCCCCCGCCACUGCGAUAGACCACUCACAGUCACGGCCACCCUUAGCCAUAUGCACUGAGAGACCUGCAGGGGAGAACACUUAAAUGGCACAGGAACAUAUCAGAUCUGUUCAGUAAGAACUUUCUCAUUAAGAGAGAAGGAAGUGGCAUAGGAGUCGGGGCAUCAUGGCUUCACCCAUGCCCAGAAGAGCGAAAGAGAUGACAGCAGCAAAUGCACAAAGAAACCAAAAGCACCAUUAUUUUGAGCUUCCGUCCUGCCACCAGUAACAUAUAUUGUGGCAGUGGCACCUGGGCCAAGCAGGCAUUGUGGGUAACCUCAAGUAGGACUUGUUGAACACUGUGGGCACCUUUUGUUUGCUGGUGGGAUAGUAAAUUGUACAUCGACAGCAACAAAAGUGCCACAGCUUUGGCAGUGAUGCCAUGGAGUGGUCCUGCCUCCAUCCUGUCCUGCUCCACCUGCUUUCCCACAAUGCCAGGCCAUCACUCCACUGCUAUAAUGGGCAUUUCUGUGCAAUAAAAAAGUCAAAUAAUC